GGGCUGGGCUGGUACCAUGAGUGGCGGAAGGUUUGAUUUUGAUGACGGAGGAGCCUACUGUGGGGGCUGGGAAGGGGGCAAAGCCCAUGGGCAUGGCAUCUGCACUGGGCCCAAGGGGCAAGGGGAGUACUGCGGCUCCUGGAACUACGGUUUUGAAGUGGUAGGGGUCUAUACAUGGCCCAGCGGCAACACCUACGAAGGCUACUGGUCUCAAGGCAAGAGGCAUGGCUUGGGGAUUGAGACCAAAGGACGGUGGCUUUACAAAGGGGAAUGGACGCACGGCUUCAAGGGAAGGUAUGGGGUGAGGCAGAACGUCAGCAGCGGAGCAAAGUACGAAGGCACCUGGAAUAACGGGCUGCAGGACGGUUAUGGCACGGAGACCUAUGCGGAUGGAGGCACUUACCAAGGACAGUUCACUAAUGGUAUGCGGCAUGGUUAUGGAGUCCGGCAGAGUGUCCCGUAUGGCAUGGCAGCGGUAGUCCGCAACCCUCUCAGGACCUCCCUUACUUCCCUUCGUAGUGAGCACAGCAAUGGCACCCUGCUUCAGCAUGACUCUCCAUCUGCUAACCAGGAGAUUUUCCCCAUGACACCUACAAUCACGCGGGGUGGCUUUGCUCUUAGUUUGUAUGCGGAUGCUGAGGCUGGCAAGCUGAAGAAGGGAGGGCCUUUCAGACGGAGCUCCUUGUUUGGGAAAUUGAAGAAAUCAGAAUCCAAGACUUCCUUGGCUAGCCAAAGAAGCCGACUCAGCUUCCUCAAGAGCGAGAGUGUGAUCAGCUCUACUGGCAGUGAUGCCGCCUCCACAGCCAGUUUGGGUGAAGGAGCAGAGGGAGAGGACUUUGCACCUUUUGAUGCUGAUAUUGAUGCCACCACUACGGAGUCCUACAUGGGUGAGUGGAAGAAUGACAAGCGCUCAGGGUUUGGCGUGAGUGAGAGAUCGAGCGGUCUGAAAUAUGAGGGCGAAUGGCUGGAUAAUGUACGGCAUGGAUACGGCUCCACCACAUUGCCUGAUGGUAAGAAGGAAGAAGGGAAAUACCGGAUGAAUGUCCUGAUCAAAGGCAUGAAGAAGCGAGUGAUACCUCUGAAGAGUGCCAAGAUCAGGCAGAAAGUGGACCGGAGCGUGGAAGGAGCUCAGAGGGCAGCGGCCAUUGCCCGGCAGAAAUCUGAGAUUUCAACUUCUAGGACAGCCCAUGCCAAAGCCAAGUCAGAAGGUGCCGAGCAAGCAGCACUGGCAGCUAACAAUGAAUCCACUUUAGCCAGGUCAAUGGCCAGGGAACUAUCUCCGGACUUCUACCAGCCAGGCCCUGAAUAUUUGAAGAGGAGGCUGCUUCAGGAGCUCAUGGAGAAUGAAGAGCCUAUAGAGAAUACAGAAGAGGCACCAGCUGUGGAAGAGGCACCACCUCCACCAGUCGCUUCAGAAAGUCCCCAGGCUGAUGAGGAGCAGGAUUCCAGCAAACCCAAGGAAAGUCCACUUCGUACUCCAUCACCAGCUGGAACUCCCCCAGAGGCAAAGCGUGCUAAGCAGAGUUCCCAGAAAGAUGGUUUUGUUGGCCCUGGAAGCUGGAAUGGGGAUCACAGCAAGGAUGGGAGUCGUACAGGGAGUAGGCCCAACACACCUUCCAAUGCAUUGCUGGCACCUGCAGAGAAGUCAACAGGUAACAUCAGGCCCGCCUCCCGGAGCCCCAGCCAGCCUAGCCAUGUGAGGAGUGCAGCUGAGCAGAUGGAGAUCAAACCCCUUCAGAGGAUACAGAAAGAAGGUGACGUUGCCUUAUUUCAGGGCUAUCACAGUUAUGCUGUGAGGACCUCCCCGGUUACUCCCCCAGUGGACUAUGAGGAAGAAUCAUUCCCUGACUCCAAAGCACCCACCAAGUCAAGUUCCCCAGAGCCAAAAGCUGAGGUGAAGGCUAUUGAACACAAAUCAGAGCCCCAAAAGAGGGGAGGUACCCCUGUCCCUCCACAUGAACCAGCUCAUGAAGAGAAAAAAACACCCAAAGCAGAACUUAAGCAGGAGCCCAAGCAACUCCCCCCAACUGAGCACAAAGUGGAAGAGAAAACAGAAGUUGUAGCAGAAGCCAAGACCGAACGGAAGUCGGAGGCUAAGGUUGUGGCCAAAAUUGAGCCCAAGGCUGUUGUGAAAAAGGCUCCUCCACAUGAAGCAGCGGCAACAGAGGUGGAAGAAAACGAAGAGGGACCGAACACAGUCAUCAUCUGCAUGGUCAUCUUAUUGAACCUUGGCCUGUCCAUCUUAUUUGUGCAUUUUCUGACAUGAUGAGAUGCUAAGACAAGAAGUUUCUGCUGAUGUAUACAACAGACCUUAUCAGGGAUAUAAUGGAAUCCACUCAUAAUCAUCUAAAGAGGGAGGAGCUUAUAACCCAGUGGUUGCACUGUGGCCCUGAACUUUCAAGAACACUUCUUUUACUCCAACCAUGGGUGAUCUUCUCUGUCCAGCAAGAAGAAGUCUUCCUCAUUCUUUCUUUUGUUAUGAACUAGAAUUGCCUGAAAGGUUCAUUUCUUUGAUGAACUACUGUGCUGCUGUUUGAAGACACCAGGUUUCAUCUGUAAUUGUGGAAACACAAAUGAAACAGGCUCUUUCUUGAAUGCCACCAAGAAAACUAACUCCAAGCUCCAUUGGAAGACUCAUUGUUCUAGAUCUCCUGAAGAACACCACAAUCAUAAAUCAUGAAACAGCUAGAAAAAUUGUUAUAGCCGUGGAUUUAGUUUCCCCACCCAAACCAAGAUUGUUACUAGCCCAUUGUUAAGAAAAUGUAAGCUAUUUUCCCUGCUGCUACAUAAUUUUAAAUCGUUCUGUUUAGAAGUCCAGACUCUAAACUUUAUUUGAAUAGCAAGUCCCAUACUAGGACAUGAGAGAAUCCAUAGUGAAGAAAUGAAACAUGUCUCUUGUCAGGGAUUUCAGUGUAAAGAUGCAUAGAAGUAGUCUGAAUGUAAGCAAUCCCCAGAAGGUGGGUCCCUUACAACACUGCUGUGUAACAAUUAAGAAAGAAUGCAUCUUCUUUUAGAAUUUAAAAUACUUGCUAAUUGGAGGAUGCAGUCUUUUAAAACAUGGCUUACUGCUAGUACUCUUGUUCAGGGGAGUUGCCUAUUCCUCAGAAAUUAGACCAACAGUGGGCGUCACAUGCUUUACCUUUGCACAUUAUACAUUUAUCUGGGUAUCUAGAUGCACAUGUGACUUAGCAUCUUGCUAAGCCCUGAAAUCUGUGCUUCAAUCCUUAGUGUGCAUGCAUAUUUUCCCCACUUCCUUCUUGAACACAGCACAGACUUUUGAAUCAGUUUCAAAAGCUUUUUAAAGUGCCUUAUUUAAAACUAACUGUGAAUUGCUAUGCAUAUUGACACUCCUUCAUACAGCUGCAGCUGGUUAAAAACAAGAAAGUAAAAGAGAGUUAGAGAGAUGGUAAGAUGAAUGGGUUGAAAAAAGAAACUCCAGGUGCAGAUGCCAAGCAAUGAAAGGCUUAUGGUACAGUACUGCAGAUACAGAGCAGGUAGACACAAGGAUUGUGUUUUAGGAGCAGAUCAGAUACAACUCAUGAAUUGCUGAAAAUGAGAUCGGAAAACAGGAGCGGUGGUGUUCUGUUUUUGUUUUUUUGCCUUUGUUCUUUCUUUUAUGUAUUUUAAUCAGAAUAUAUUGUAAAUUGGAGUUGGGGGGAUAAAUUAUCUUUGCCCCAAAGCCAUGCAUUGUAACAGUCCUUGGGGGAAAUGUGUUUUAGGAAUGUCCACAGAACAUGAGUUAAUAACAAUUUUGCCAGCCUUGGGUUUCAUGAUGUUUUGCUUUUCAAAUCUGACAGACUGUUUCCUAGCGCCCCAGCUGCCAGGUGUACGGUUUCAAUAUGCCAGUUGCUUUGUAACGAAGUCUGUGAUUUUCUUUGAGAGACCUAAGUGGCCUUCAUUGAUCAUGAAGCACAAAAUCUGAUCCUUUUGAAAGUGCUGCAAUUGCCCCCGCUGCCCUAUCCACCCACUGAGUUUCACAUCAAUACGAUGUGCUCCCGUUGUUGUGCUUUAUUCCUUGCCAUCUGAUGAGACAAGUAGGUAGAUUUGCUUUAUGUGCAUAUGAAAAUAUGUUGACUGGGAUUCAGAGAGCUACUUUAGGUAUGCCUAAAGGCUUUGUGUGCACCCGGUGGAAUUUUUGACUUUAAAAAAAAAAUCUUUUGAGCAGCUGCUACUUCAUGCCAAACCACAGACUGCUUUUGAAACUUGUCACUUUAAAUGCAGUUUUUCAUGCAGCGUGGCAAUCUGCUGUUCAAAGAAGUCCAGAACCCCCAUGUGGUGCACAAGACUGAAUGGACUGUUCUUUGGAUCCUAUACGUAUGUGUUGUACGCCAUAUACUAUUUAUAUAUUCAGUGCUCUCUUAAAAGAGAGAGAUCUUGAGGACAUGUGCACACAUUGUUAUCCAUUGGUCAUGACAAAGCAUAAUAACUGCUGUGUUUACAUGCAGGUAUCCAGAAUCCUACCUCUAAGAAGUAUCUCCAAUUCAAUAGAGCAGGGGUGGAUCACCUCUGAACUGUAGCUCCUUGUUCUUUGCCUUCUUUUUCUCAAAUCCUGAGAACCUCAGCCUUCUGUAGAAAAUUGGUAAUUUUCUAGCCUCGUUCCAAAGAUGGGAUUGAACAAAAUCAGCAAAAACUAUGUAAUACACAAACAUAGUGCCUUGAAUCAAGAGUCUCGAGUAAGUUUCUGCAUUUGUGAGUGUUUCCAUUCAUUCCUGCAGAGCUGGCAUCUCCACAUGUGAAAAGUAAUGCAUAUGUGAUUGGCCCCCUUUUUUCAAAUGAAUGGGAAAGGUCUGGCAGGUGCAGUAGGCUCAUGUGUGCCUCCUAGUGCCCAACUGUGUCUCCUAAACUGCCUGAUCAGAGGAAAUAUGUGUGCACAAGACUUGAAAGUGUUUGUUUCCUAGAGUGAGCAGGAACAGGUUUACCUCAAAUUUGCAUGCCUUCAAAAAGAGGAUUUUGUUACAUUUUUCAGGUCUUACAAAACUUCAAAUGCAUUUUAUCUCCAUCAGCAACACACCUUAAUCACAAGUUUUUUUGAUGUUUUUUUAAAAGUGUAUGACAAUUUGUGUAGUAUUGUCCCGGAGUUUCCAUCAGUUAUUCUGCUGGAUUAUGUGCAAUAAUAAAAAAGUUAUUUUGCUCAUGUUA